AUGCCAAGAAACUUGAAUGACGAAGUUGAGAACUUUUUUGCUGAAGUUGACGCCAUCACGUUUAAUGGUGUUAAAGAACAAGAUAACGCACCGAAGACCAAUUGGAUCGUCCAAGUCGACUCAAAGUCUAAUCUCCCCUUUUACUACAACUUUGUAACCAAAGAAACGACAUGGAACAUCCCAGAUGAGUACCAGUCCUAUCUCGACGAAUAUAAGACCUAUCUGCAACACAAGAAUGACCAAUCAGACCUGAAGAAGGUAGAGGAAAAGGAGGCUCCGAUUCUUAUACUGCCCGAGGGUAAUGCUAGAAAACGUCGUCGCAUUAAGCGCGCCUUCAUGCGUGCAAAUGCAGGAAGGACGAGCCUUCUAGAUGCACCUGUGGAAUUCCUUUCAGAGUACAUCGCCUAUAGCAACUCUUCUUCAGAAAAUGAGUCCUUAGAUUCGAAACGGUCGUCACAGGCAGCCAUAGACAACGAACCUAUGGAAGUGGUACAGCGUACCCCAGAAUUAUCGACGGAAUUUAUCGGUCCUCAAUUACCUUUACCACCACCGAAGUGUGAAUCCGCACCUGUGAAGUCAGAAGAGCUAAGUAGGCUCCUCUUGGACAAGUUUGCCGCCUUUCAUCCAGAAUGCGACAAACUCUCGCGUCUUCAGGUUGCAUACAUCCAAUUCACAACGCGUUUCGAGGAUUGGAAGGCUGGACAUCUCUCAGACGCGCACUUUGAGGAGAAGUUGGAAGAAGCCAGCAAUUUUAUCUGUGAAUACGAACAGCGUGUGCAACAUAAAACAGCGAAUGAGUGUCCACCCAACAGGCCAUGUCCACUUCCAACAUAUCAAGGCGAACCUGCCAUACUUAAUCAAGCAGAGGUACUCAUUACUUUCGCCACUGCUCUGAAGUCUGAAAGCAGGGGAACCACAUCCCUCAAAGUGAGUGAAAAUAGACCUGAACUUGGCAGCUCAAACUCAUCGCAGGGUCCUGAGACUGAUACACAGAUGGCACAAUGCGAUCUGAACUAUGAUAGCAGUUUAUCAGUAUAUCCACAGGGGAUGAAACCAAAACAAGAACUCCAGAAAAAGGAUAUAAGUUCGGACGUUACGAUGCCGAAUAUAGAUGUACCCAAGUCGACAGAAAAGUGGAGCGAUGCGCAAGAAGAUUUGUAA